CCAGCUCAUUUGAAGAAGUCGAGAGCAGAGGGCAAAGGAAUGCACAGUACAGCACUCGAUGUCCAAACAAACUUUCACCACAAGCAACAGCAUGGCCUUGGAGCAGCCACACGGGGCCUUGGGAAAGGUCUCCAUGGUUUUUGCAACUAAGCUGAAGUCCUUCACCUUCCUGCCUCUUCUGAAAAAACUGCCUACAGAGAGAAGGGUAAUAUCAUCAUGGGAAAAGGGCUCAGUUAGACCACAGGCUUCAAGAGACCUUGAGGCAUCUGACGGGAGCAUGACAGAUGAAAGUGUUUACAAGGCCGAAAUUGUAUAUGUUACUGACUCAGAAGACACAGAGCCCCAAGAGAUGAGCAAGGACCCUCACAUUGAGCUCAAAUCUACUGAUAAUUCAGCUCUUACCUCAUCCCCUGUCCAAGCCAUGGCUCAUGUUGAAAUAAGUUGCCAAAGCCCCAAACCUAUCAUUGUGGAGCCAAAUGAUAACAAACAGUCCGACAUCUCUCGACUAGGCUGUCACAAUACUUUUGAGGGUGCAGAGGUCAGCUCAGGCCAGUUUUUAAACAGUGAGCCCCAGAGAGAGGAGGAGGUCCUGAGCACAGCCAGCUCUGUGGACCUUUUCCCGUCUAUUGCCUCAUCUAAGGAGUCCAUUGUCUCUGAGGGCUGGGAGCAGGACAGGAGCUGGUCUGCCCUCCAAAUGUUAUCUCCCAGUGAUUCCCCUGUCCCCUUCAGUGGGACUGUCUCACCAUGCUCCUCUGUAAGAUCAGGAGCCUUCUCUCCAUCUGUGCUGAGAAUCAAGCGUCAUAUACUUGCCCCAGGUUCCAGCCUGGUACAGAUGCCGGGCUCCUCAGGGCAAACACUCUGUUGUGACAAGCAAGCCCCCUCACCAUGCCCACUGUCUUCCCAUGCCCGUCACAGGCCUCCGCCUACCCAGUUGUCCUUACUAACAGCCAUCCUGAGGAAGGGCCGGCUGCCAAUCCUUUCCCCUGCCUUACAGAGACCCUACUCUCCUUGCUGGCCCAUUACUCCCACAAGCAUGUCCUCCUGCAAAGCCUGUUCGGCAGCCUCUACCAUAGCCCCCAUGGAGUCUACAAAGGAUUGUGCUUCUAAAAUCAUGGCUUGUACAGAGCCCAGUCACAAUGCAAGACCAAAGUCCCCAAGAAUAAUCUAUAACACCCCUUCCAUGUCAUCCAAGAAACAUAGUGAAGUUAGCAUCUCUUCAACACCGGACUAUAAAAGUUCUGCACUCAGUAGGGUUAUUCCAUCACCCGAGGAUAGCUGCUCAAUGAUCUUGGCAAGUUCCUCUCCUUCUGAACAUUCUCUGGGGCACCUGUCAAAGCCAGUCACUAAAGAGAUUCAUGUGCCCAGAGUUCCCAGCUCUUUGCUUUUUUCAUCUUUCUCCCCAUCAAGGUCCCUGUCUCCUAAAUCAAGCCAUCUGUCCUGCUGCAGAUCAGAGAGUCAGGCACCCUCAUCAGAGUCAUGUGCUCAUGCCAAAGCCCCAGCUACAGAGCAUUUAAAAGGGCCAUAUAACAUUUUAGAUCCCUCCAGUCAAAGACAUGGACAGACAUCAAAGGUACACUCUCCCGUUCUGAAGAAAGCAGAACUGCCCUCAGAUUUGAAACCCAGAUGGAUACCACAUGAUCCCUCUCCCAUCCCUGAUCUCAAAUCUGCACAACAGUCCAUGCCACAUGAUCCCUCUCACAUCCCUGACCUCAUAUGUGGAAAACAGUCCAUGCCACACAAUCCUUCUCCCAUCCCUGACCUCAAACCUGCAAGUCAACAGUCCAAAGACAUCUUAGCUUCCGCAAUUCUAGCAGAAGACAAUCCACGUUCCUACUUGAAAAAUGGCAGAAAAGCCCUCCUUGAUCUAGAACGAGUUCUCUCAGCGUCCCCAGCCCUAAAACAGUCUCCUUCUCCUGGGCCAGUGGGCCUCAUGCGCCUGGCCUGCACGCCUGAUAUCUCUCCUGCCUCUCCCAAACCAAGCUUGCGCUACCCAACUCCAGACCGCUGCACCCUGUCUCCCUCUCCAGUGAUCCCCAGCCGCCAGCUCUCUCCAUCUCCUUCAUACUCACUCUGUUCCUCACCCUCCCCAUCCCUACGUGAUGGUACACCAGACAGCACAGACAGGGGUGGCAAAAGCAGAAAGCCAUACAAGAUCAAGUCCACCUACAAGGCACUGGCUGCUAUUCCCACAAAUGUUCUCCUUCAGGAACAGCAGGCAAUUGAUGAUGAAGUUGAGAAGACUGAGUCUCUGGACCCAAGUGACAAUUAUGCAUGGGAGGACCCUCAUUCUCAGAUGUGCACUCCUGCCCAGCUCAGACAGCAGUCUGAAGAGCUGUACGCAGUGAUUGAUGAAGUAUUAGAGGACACGAACCCCACACAUCAAUCAACCCCUGCUGACAAACCUGCUGUGAAGUCUGCCGCUUCAGAGACACCAAUGAAACUAACAUCAUCACCUUCGCCGAGGUUAUUAGGACGAGAAACUAAAUACGCUCACCAUCAAGUUUUUGAACCUUCAGAAAGAACACUGACAAAGCCCUCAGUUAUAAGACCCAUCACUGUUACAUCAAGAUUAGAUGAUGUCAGAGGAGAAAACUUACCAGAUUCCUUCCAGAGACAUCAAGACAAUAUCUCAAAUCGCUACCAGUAUAAGUUUGCCAGCAAUACAUCGUCCACUGAGUAUACGGCAGAUGGGAGAUCAUCUUCGGGACGAGAAUCUUCCCACAGAGAGAUGUUUUCCUCCGAGGAACCGAGACAUUCUGCAUCAAGCACAUAAUUUUUGAUUGCUCCAACCAUGAAAAGUGCUCCACCACUGAGAGAAGGCACUCUGCAAGGUCUUCCCACCUCUUUAAAACACAUCUAGGUGAAAAUGGAAACCCCAGAGACUCACAUUUAAGUGUUCACACAGAGCGGGUGAGAGAGAAAGGGAAGCUGUGAAAUAACAUUUAACAAGGUGACCUCUAACGUUCUGAGGGUUGAAAUCUUCAGAGAUGUUGAGGGUGUGGAAGCAUGAGGCUGUUACUGCUCUGCUUUACAUUUAUCAUUAAGAUCUAUUCAGAAAUGUAAAGAAAUUAUUCAAAUACAGUUUAAUUUAUUCCUGCUGCAACUAAGAUGAUUAUGUUUAUCUCAUCCCACUUUAUUUGGAUAGCUACCUGUAGGUUAGGUGUUAGGGCUGUUAUACAAUUGAAAUAAUUAAUCAUGAUUAAUCAUAUUACUUUGUGUAGUUACUGUGAUUAUUCAUGACUGGACAUCAACGUUGCCAAACAGGCAAAAUAAUUAAUUGUGAUUAAUUAUGUUACUUUGUGUAAUUACUGUGAUUAUUCAUGAUUGGAUGUCAGUGUUGCCAAACAAGUAAAAUAAUUAAUUGUGAUUAAUUAUGUUACUUUGUGUAAUUACUGUGAUUAUUCAUGAUUGGAUGUCAGUGUUGCCAAACAAGUAAAAUAAUUAAUUGUGAUUAAUCGCAUUACUUUCUGUAGUUAUUCAUGAUUAAUCAUAAUUAGAUGUCAGGGUUGUCAAACAAUUGAAAUAGUUAAUUGGGAUAUAUCACAGUCAUUUGUUUAAUUCAUUUUUAUUAAUCACAAUGAGAUGUCAGCGUUGCCAAACAAGUGAAAUAAUUAGCCAUGAUUAAUCACAUUACUCUGUGUAGUUAUUCAUGAUUAAACAUAAUUUGAUGUCAGGGCUGUCAAACAAUUAAAAUAAUUAAUCACAAUUAUUUCCUUUAUGGUGUAUUUGUAAUGAAUCAUGAUAAGAUGCCAGCAUUGUCAAAUAAUUAAAUGGAAUUAAUCAUGAUUAAUUGCAUUACUUUGCUUAGUUAUUCAUGAUUUAUCAUGAUUAGAUGUCAGUGUUGUUAAACAAUUAACUGUGAUUAAUCAUAUUACUUUGUGGCGUUAUUUGUGAUUAAUCAUGAUUGAUCAGAUGUCAGUAUUGAUAAACAUUUCAAAUAUUUAAUCACAAAUAAUCACAUACCUCUGUUUAGUUAUUUGUGAUUAAUCAUGAUUAGAUGUCAGCUUUGUCAAACAAAAUGAUUAAUUAUGAUUAGUUACAUCACGGUGCAGUUAUUGGUGAUUAAUCAUGAUUAGAUGUAAGUAUUGUCAAAUAAAUAAAAUAAUUGUGAUUAAUCACAUCACUUUGUGUAGUUAUUUGUGAUUAUGAUUGAUGUAUUGUCAAAUGAUCAAAAUAAUUAAUUGUGAUUAAUCACAUUAGUGUGUUUAAGUAUUUGUGAUUAAGCAUGAUUAGAUGUCAGCACUGUCAAAUAAUUAAUUGCGAUUAAUUGCACUGAUUUGUGCAGUUAAUCACAAUUAGUUGCAUUCGUCUUAUUUGGUCAAAUUUGAUCCUAAAGAUUGUUAAGAUUGUGACCCUAAAUUGUUGACAAGCUAUUUGUUGUCUAUGAACAGUGUUAGGGUGAGGAUUAGGGUGAGGAUUAGGAUUAGUACUGAGGUCAGGGUUAGGUUUUGAGGUUAGGGUUAUGAAACAUUAAGGGGAAUUUAACAGAUAUUUAGUUGAAUGUAAAUAAACUGCAGGGUGAGUAAUUACCGUGCGCUAUCUGAAUAAAGUGUUACUGAUGAUUCUUCCGCAGCCCUAAUAUUGCUUUAUCACUGCAUCUUAAUAAUGGACAUCUUUAAUAUAACCUGUCUUCUGAUUUUGAUCCAGUUGACAACAAAGGCAUGUGAUAUUCAUCUCCCUUUUACAUGGAUGUAGCGUUGUAAUGCUUAUUUCUCCAUGAAGAACGAGUUCAUAACAAUCCACAGACUGAACUCUUUCACUGACGAUGUGUUGUUUUUUGUAACUGUUGCAGUUAUUGGAAGGAAUAAUAAAUAAAGAAAUGGAUAUCAACUUAA